AUGUUUUCCGCCCUGAAAAAAUCUUUGAGAAUAGAGACGAAGGUGGAAGCGCCAAAAGAGGAAACUUCGAAUAAAGAUGCGAAAGAGGAAGGUGCUGGAGAUGUUGGGAAGGAGGAUGAUAUUGUAGUGAAGGAUUUAGAUGCGACGAGAGUAGAAGGGCAGAAUGUGCAAUUGGAAAAUGUUCAAGAGGGAGAGGUUCUGGUGGUCAAAGAUCUAGAUGCAAGAAUGGGAGAGGAAGACGUGAAAGAGGAACAUGAUGUGAGAGUAGAAGUGGAAACCGAAGAGAUCAAAGAGGAAGCCGAAGAUGUAAGAGUGGAAGAUAUUAAGAAGGAGAAUAUUUUGGUGGAGAGGGAUCAAGAUGCAAGGGGGGUCGAAACACAAGAUGUGAAAGAGGGAGAUAUCAAGAAAGAAGUUGAAGAAGCAUCGACAGCAACAACAUUAACAUCGAAAUUAUCAAUCGAAACUGGAAUUCCAUUAUCAUCAUCACCACCAUCCUCAGAAAUUGGUGAUGAUAUUGAUAUUGUUGAAGAAAGAGAAGAAGAAAAAGAACGGGAACGAAAACAAGAACAAGAACAUUCACAAACGCCGCUUGCCGCCUCGUCAAUUAAUCCGACCCCUGGCAACGAUCGUUGCUUGGUGGGGUCACAGUCGGUAAAUGCCGCCAAUCCCGAUUCAGAAGUAAACAAAAAUGAGGAGACCAACACACCCACUUCACCACGUCACUCUCACUCGCGUGCGAUUUUACCAGAUACAAUUGAAAAUCACAGUCACACACAGAAUCUAGAGAAAAGAUUUUCUUCUUCCACAACAGAUUUUGAGAUCAACGCUCCGAAUACCCCACCCGCGACACCACCAAGAGUAGUAAAGCGUGAAAGAUCUGCAAGCCAAAGAGAACGCGAGAUACUACGAUCGAGACAAUUUUCCGAGUCAGCGCGGUUACAAAGGUCUGCGGAAAAGCCUGAAAAGAGCGAAGAGGAACUUGGGUUGGGAAGAAGGAGGAAGGGAUAUCAGCAUAGACACAAAUCAAAGGGGUCAAACUCAGGCUCAGGGGAAGCAUUGAAAGCAGUAGAACCGCUGCAUGAGCAUCAGCUUGGAAAAAUGGCUUUUGCUGAACAGCAACAGUGGAUUACGGUGCAACAGAAAACUUUCACAAAAUGGUUGAACACCAAGAUAGCGCAUAGGAAACUGGAGGUGGUGGAUUUGGUUAAAGAUUUGAGUGAUGGAGUCAUUCUCAUCCAUCUUCUCGAAUGCCUUUCAAACGAAUCACUCGGACGAUAUGCAGCGAAACCUAAAUUACGAGUACAGCGAUUUGAGAACGCAAAUCUGUCGUUGGACUUCAUCAAAUCUAGAGGAAUUCAAAUGACAAACAUUGGAGCCGAAGAUGUUGUAGACGGAAACCGCAAAAUCAUCCUUGGUUUGAUCUGGACGCUGAUUCUUCGAUUCACUAUCUCCGACAUCAACUUAGAGGGUAUGACCGCCAAGGAAGGUCUAUUGCUAUGGUGUCAAAGAAAAACAGCUUGCUACGACGAGGUCGAAGUCCGCAACUUUACAGAUAGUUGGAACGAUGGCUUGGCAUUCUGUGCACUGCUCGAUAUUCAUCGACCGGAUCUAAUCGAUUAUGAUACUUUGGACAAGAAUGACCAUAGAGGCAAUAUGCAGUUGGCUUUUGACAUUGGAACCAAGGAAAUCGGUAUUCCAGCUCUUUUGGAUGUUGAGGAUGUCUGCGAUGUGGCUAAGCCGGAUGAGAGGAGUUUGAUGACAUACAUAGCUUACUGGUUCCAUGCCUUUUCGCAGAUGGAGAAGGUCGAAAACGCUGGUCGAAGAGUGGAGAAAUUUGUUAACAACAUGCAAGGAGCUUGGGAGAUGCAGAGUGCUUACGAGCAGAGAAUGAGAGCAUUGUUGAAGAGUAUCAAGGAGCAGGUUGUUACUUGGCAGGAUGCGAAAUUCGAGGGCACGUAUGUAGAUGCAAAGAAACAAGCGACACACUUCAGUUCGUAUAAAAGAGGCCAGAAAAGACAGUGGGUUGCGGAGAAAAGUGACCUCGCUGCGCUAUUAGGGAACAUAAAGACGAAGCUCAGCACCUAUAGACUACGAGCUUACGACCCUCCGCCGGAUCUGAGAUUGAGUGUUCUAGAUGAAGAAUGGGCGAAGUUGAUGAAGGGUGAAAUGGCGAGAGGUCAACUGAUCAACGAGACCAUCAGGGAUAUCAAAAAUGCCUUACGAAGAUCUUUUGCCGACAAAGCCAACGAUUUCGCAACCACUUUGAAUACCAUGCAGCUGGCAAUAUCGGGAUUAGAGGGUGAUGUGGAGGAUCAACUGGUGCAUGUUCGUCGAUUACACGAUAACCUUCCGCCUCUCAACCAAUUUUUGGAUCAAAUCGAGGCUAUAGACAAGAAGUGCGAGGAAGCGAACAUCGAGGAGAAUGACUUCACGACUUACACAUACGAUGAGCUUUGUUAUGAAAUGAGUUUGGUCAAAAGUUCUGUUGCGAAGAAAUUGGCAUUUUUGGACAACCAAGUAGUAGCUCGAAACAUGACGAAUUUGACGCCAAUACAACUUGAGGAAUUCGAAAGUGUUUUCCGACAUUUUGAUCGCGACGCUACCAACAGUUUACAAGAGUUAGAAUUUAGUGCAGCCUUGGCGUCACUCGGUCUCGUUUUCUCCGAAGAUGAAAUGCACGACUAUUUCCUCGAUACAUCAAACGGGAAAGACUACGUAACGUUCGAAGAGUUCAUCCGGUUUAUGGUGGAGGUCACAGAAGAUCAAAAUACAGCAGAGCAAGUUUUCCAGUCCUUCCGCGAAGUUGCGGACGGCAAACCAUAUGUCACAGAAAUGGAUUUGAGACAUAGUUUGGUACCGGAUGAGGUAAUCGAAAAAUUGACUCAAUUCAUACCGAUACAUAAAGGCCCUGAUCUACAGGAAGACAGAGGCAUGCCACAAUAUGAUUACAUCAGUUUUAUGGAUAAAUUACUAGGGGGAAAUGAGGACGAUGAGAAUGAUGGCGCUCUGAAUGAGUUAUCCAAUGGAAGAAGUCCGAAGAGAGCUAGUGGAAUCGGCGGAAAAUCAAACGGGAGUCACUGA